AUGACUAUCUUCCGUCUGUUUUCGGUGAACAAGCGCUAUGACAAAGACCCUGUGACAGACACCAACAUCCCGUCCCAUCUGGAGCAGAUGCUGGACAUCCUGACGCAGGAGGAGUCAGAGAGAGAGUCUGGAGAGACUGGGCCCUGCAUGGAGUACCUGCUGCACCACAAGAUCCUAGAGACCCUCUACACCCUGGGCAAGGCAGAUUGUCCUCCGGGAAUGAAGCAACAGGUCCUGAGUUUCUACACCAAGCUGCUAGGACGCAUUCGCCAGCCUCUUCUACCCCACAUCAAUGUCCAUAGACCUGUACUGGUGAGAUCCCAGAAGUUCACAUGUAACAUGUAGAUAUGCUUACUAGGGUUGGGUGAUAUUAUGAUAGCAUACAGUGGGUGCUCAACUAAAAGUUUUGAGAUUAUGCUGCGGGAUUUGGAGGU